AUGAUUUUCCCAGGUGCAUCUGUCAAUCCCAAUUGCAUCAAGGCCAAGCUGAGGUGGCUGCUAGAGACAUACUACAGGGAGAAGAAGAAGCUUUCACUCACUGGAGCUGGUAUGCUGCUGGAGGACAUGGAUGCAUCCAACCUGUCCUACAUAUCUCACAUUGCCCUGUCAACAAAGUACACUUGUGAUGACAAGGCUGACAUGCCUUCCAAUGGCUCAGCUGACAUACCCAUGGAUAUUUGUGGCAGCAAGCUGUAUGAUCACAGCACUCACAGCUGUGGUUUGCCUCCUAUUCUCAACUUGAUGGAACCCACCAACCCCCCUGCUGCUGUUGCAUCCACUUCUGGUGCAUCCUUUGCUGGUGCUGGUGAUGAUGACAUUUUUACCACACCUUUGCCUUCACCUUUGCAGGCUCAACCACCUUCCUCCACUGCUGGUGGCUUGGAUGUCUUUGAUUCCACCUCUUUUCAACCUUCAGCCCAGCUCUCUCCAAGCACCAAGCACAAGCAAGGUGCCCUUGAUCACAAGUGCAACACACUUGCUGAAGCUUUCUAUCAUUCUUCCAUUGAUACCCUUCAGAUCCACCUGCAGCUUGAACAGGAAUGCACCAGACAUGAGAAAAUACUGGAGGCUGAGCAUACCAAGCAUGAGGAGAUGCACAUGCAGCACGAGAGGGAGGAGAAAGAGUGCAAUGAACACAUUCUCAUGUGUGAUCAUGACAUGGUGAUGGAGAUGGUGUGCCUCCUUGCUUCUCAGGCCAGUGGUGAACAGGACACUCAUCAGAACACCAGCAACAACAACAACACAGACUCUUCAUUCAAUCUUCCUGUCUUGUAG